UCUAGAUAAAACCCUUUGUUUCUCUCUCUGCUUCGCCGCCGGUGCCAGUAAGAACCCUAAAAGAGGAAAUUCAGGAAUUCGGAGGAAAUGGUGCAGAGACUUACGUAUCGUGGAAGGCAUAGCUAUGCCACAAAGUCGAACCAGCACCGUGUUGUCAAAACUCCUGGAGGAAAGCUGGUUUACCAGACUACGAAGAAGAGAGCAAGUGGACCCAAGUGCCCUGUCACCGGCAAGAGGAUUCAAGGGAUUCCGCAUAUGAGACCUGCUGAAUACAAGAGGUCUAGAUUGUCAAGAAACCGGAGAACAGUGAACCGUCCUUACGGUGGAGUAUUAUCUGGUUCUGCUGUCAGGGAAAGGAUCAUCCGAGCCUUCCUGGUGGAGGAGCAGAAGAUUGUGAAGAAGGUUUUGAAACUUCAAAAAGCCAAGGAGAAGCUUUCAGCAAAGAGCUGAAUAAUCAUACACUGAAUGUUGUUUAGUCUAUUAAGGGUUUCAGGAUUUGCAGUCCAUGUUUGGUUUUCUGCUUUAGUGUGUAAUCUUCUGUGGCUAGUCUGAAUUUUGUUCUUUCUUACCCACCUUUGGAGACAUAUUGCAUAUAAAAUUUUAGGAUAUUUAUUAUUUGAA